CGUCUUGUUAUUGUUUUGUACAUAUGAAACUUUCAACUUCCAUCAAGGGCGUCUCUCCAUUACUCACUUAUAUUCGUUUUCUCUCUCUACGUGUGUCUGUUACCAUGUGUUUAUGCAGCCAUAAUAAACGUUUCGGCAAACAUGUGAUUUUUUCUUGACCACCAUCAUCAACAGCUAGUCAGUUUCCUCUCCAUCGUCGCUCACGCAAUACAUGCACUGCGCUAGCGCUAUCAGCAGUGAUCACCAAGAGCCUUUAGAGUCGAGUACAAACAAGUUCCUCUGCCGCCGCUGAAAUAAUUGCCAGCCUAUUUUAUGAUGAGUAUUCGUUUCUGACGAUGACGAUAUUCAUGCAAUCUGUUUGUCGCUAUUUGUCCGCUCAGUUCUGUGUUAUCAGAUAGUAGGUAUAGGUAGCAGGGUGCAGCAGAUGCUCUUUCGGUUAGAAUUCAUGAUAUUGAAUUAGAUUGAAAUCAGCUUGCGAAAAGUGGUGUCUCUAAUUCGAUGAUUUCUGACUUCCAAGGUCCUUGCUGUAAAUAGUAGAAGUUGCGAUGAGCUUCAACAGUCAAUAUACAACCGAAGAAGCGGUUGAAAUUGAAAAGGAAUUCAGCAGAUUGAGGGAAAAAUGCUACCUCGACCACGCCGGAACGACUCUGUAUGCGGAAUCGCAGGUGCGAUCCGUUUGCGAAAACCUCACCCAAAAUCUGUACUGCAACCCGCACACGAGCCGCACAACGGAGGACCUACUGGAUCAGGUCCGCUAUCGGGUUCUGCGUCACUUCAACACCCGAUCGUCGGAGUACAGUCUUGUUUUCACGGCCGGCACCACGGCCAGUUUAAAGCUGGUUGCUGAGAGUUACGAUUUCGCGGAAUCCAAGGGAUCGUUCGUCUAUUUGAGGGACAGCCACACCUCGGUGCUGGGGAUGCGAGAGCUCGUUAACACCGAAAGAAUUUUUCCAAUCGAGCGAGCAGAACUUCUGGCACAGCUUCGCGCGAAUACUCAGUCCAGCGGUGAGCAGUCGUCCCUCCUAGUCUUUCCAGCACAAUGCAACUUCAAUGGCGGGAAGUACCCCUUGGAGUUGAUUCGGAAGAUUCAGACGGACGGUAUAUCAGGCUAUGAAAAGGAUCGUUUCCGGGUAUGUUUGGAUGCCGCUAGUUUCGUGUCGACUUGUUUUCUGGAUCUGUCCAAGUACAAACCUGACUACGUAUGUCUUUCGUUCUACAAAAUCUUUGGAUAUCCAACUGGAUUGGGGGCUCUACUUGUUCAUCAUACUGCCAGGGAUCAUUUGCUUAAAAAAUACUACGGAGGCGGAACUGUGAAGAUUGCCAUGGCGGGAAAAAAUUAUCACGUUAAACGAGAUUCCCUCGUAGAGCGCUUCGAAGAUGGAACAAUCGCGUUCACAUCCAUCAUUGCGCUACUGAACGGCUUCCAAACUUUUGAACGAUUGAUUCCGUUCACCGCUGGACUGCGGUCGAUCGAACGUGUAUCGCGACAAACGUUCCAUCUAGCAAGAUACUGCUAUCAGCGAUUAAAAGCUCUCCGACAUUUCAACGGGACCGAUGUUGUCAAACUCUACCACGAUACGGACUUCAGCGACAAGCGACUUCAAGGCGGAAUCGUGAACUUCAACAUCCUUCAUGAAAACGGCAGCUAUGUUGGAUUCGCGGAAGUCUCCUACAUGGCCAGUAUCCAUAAUAUCGUACUCAGAACCGGUUGUUUCUGCAAUCCUGGUGCAUGUCAGCGACAUCUUCAGCUAUCGGACGACGACGUCCUAAAACAAUUCGACGCCGGACAUAUAUGCGGCGACGCAAACGAUCUCAUCGAAGGUCACCCCACCGGAUCCGUUCGGGUCUCGUUCGGCUACAUGUCCCGCGAAGAAGAUGUCAAUCGCCUGAUCGAGAUGAUCGAAAAGUGCUACAUUAGAAAAGCUCUUGCCAAUGGCUUAACGCGAGCGCAGAUUGUUUCCAAAUACAAAAGUCACGAUCAACCUCGCCUCAAGAUGAUCUGCCUCUUUCCAAUCAAAUCAUGCGGUGCUUUUAAAGUAACGACACGCUGGCCACUCAAUCGCCGAGGGCUCAAGCACGAUCGCGAAUUUGUCAUCGUAGACGAAAAUGGAGUUGCCCUAACCCAGAAGAAGCUUACGGAAAUGUGCCUUAUCCGACCACGGAUCAACCUGAAAACCAACGAGCUGACCCUCAGACAUCCCGGCAUGGUUGACUUUGUCCUCGAUAUGGACCUAUUCGGUGAAUCCCAGGGAAUUAAGCUCUGCCAAACCAAAGUGUGUCAGGACAAUGUCCAGGCGAUCGACUGCGGUGACGCCGUUGCUGAGUGGAUCAGCAUAGCACUGCAGAUUUCGGGUCUACGGCUGCUUAAGCAAUCGGACGAGGAGGUACGAACUUUUCAACAAUCGGAAAAGGAAAUCGCUCUUGCCAACCAGGCGCAAUUCUUGCUCAUCAAUCAAGCAUCGGUGCGCUGGUUGGCCGAUAAGGUAUCGGACUGGGACAACCUGUACGAGGAACCGACGCUGGGCUCAUUGGUAGAUCGUUUCCGGGGGAAUUUGAUCAUUGAGACGCCGCAGGCUAUGGAAGAGUGCGACUGGAAAGAGGUGAGAGUGGGGCAGCAGGCGUUCACGGUCGAUGGACCGUGUUCUCGGUGUCAGAUGAUUUGCAUCGACCAGUCAAGUGGGGCGAAGACAACCGAACCGCUAAGGACGAUCGCACGGGAGUUCAAGGGUAAAAUGCGAUUCGGGAUCUACUUGUCACAUAUGAAUAGGCUCAGGGACAGUUCGGAUGAACAAUGGCUGUUUUGUAACAGCGUGGUUGAAGGGUUGGUCGAAUAAUAAAGCUCUAUUUAUAUACACAGUGAGA